GAAAGAAGAUCGGCCAUAGCCUUCGCUCUUCCAGGAGCCUCGUUCUUUCAUACCCCUCGUCCUACUUGCAAAUUUUCCAGCAAGCAGGCAAUAGCCAUCUCACCGAGUGAGGGCUAUUGUUGAAGUGUUGCUGGAGCCUUUCUGAUUUCGACGGCUCCGCUCAACCGACAUUACAUCCGCCCUCCCUAGCAUAGGUUGGGCGGUUUUUUAUUGAUCUUUCAUUGCCAUUGUUUUUAGAGAACCCUUUCCUCCCCCUCAAACUUACAUGCCAUCCCAAUUCAACAACAUGCCCGAGAUCAUCGAGACCAACCAGUUGUUCUGCUUCGAAGGGUCCGAGAAGAAAAUGGAGAUUGACUUCAGGCCCAUUGAUGGUGGAGAUACUGACACCAUCGACAUUAACGGAGGCCUCCGUCAAUACAACAGAGAGUUCUGGUCGGACAUUGUGGCCAUCCUCAAUGGAACUAUCCUUCUGGCGGAUCCCCAGGAGAAGUUUGACGCUUACCUGAUCUCCGAGUCCUCCCUCUUCGUCUAUAACGACAGAGUGAUCAUCUUGACUUGUGGCACCACCUUGCUGUUGAAGACUCUUCCAGCCAUCAUGAAGGCCGGCGCUGACGUAGGCCUCGAGGUCUGCUGGUUCCAGUACUCCCGCAAGAACUUCUUGUUCCCGGAACAGCAGAGCUUCCCUCAUACAUCCUUCGACCAAGAAGUUCACUUCCUUCACGAGUAUUUUCCUACUGGAAGGCCCUUCAUCAUGGGCCCUCUCAGCUCCGAUCACUGGUACCUCUUUGUUGCUGAUUUCAUCCGCCGAGAGACCCCGGACGGCAGCAGGAAGAUCGUUGAUCGCGAUCAGAUGCUCAACAUCUACAUGUACGGAAUCGACCCCCAAGUGGCACAGUACUUCAUGAAGGCAGAUCCUUUGAUCAUCCCCUCCAUCUUCGAAGAUUUUUCUGCAGACUCCAACAACGUCGAGAAGGAACAGACGAAGGAGCUCGGCAACCAAAGCGAGUUUUGUGCAACUGGGGACGAAGCCUCGGAUCGCAGCGGUAUCUCUUCGCUGUUGGAGCAUGAUGGCAAAGUGGUGCACUCGCAUCUCUUCGAGCCAUGUGGAUACUCGAUGAAUGGGCAGGCGGCCGAUGGCAGCUCGUACUGGACGAUUCACAUCACCCCGGAGGCACAUUGCUCAUACGCCUCCUUCGAGACCAACUUCUCGUGCGACAGCUACCACCACUUGAUCGCUCGCGUGCUCGAGGUCUUCCGUCCUGCCAAGUUCACGACGGUGGAGCAUGUGGACGCAGAUUCGCGCAUUGGCAUCGCUGGUCCUGUCUGCCCGGCCUCCCUGGACGGAUACGACCUUGCUGGAAGGACCUUCAACGAGUUUGGCACCAAGGAUUAUGUAGUGCAGAUGUGCAACUACGUGUCGAAGACAGCUCAGUACGUCGCUCCCCCUCCCCCUCUCCUAAGGGCUCCUCCUCUCCACAAGUCCGACAGUGGCGAAUGGAGCAAGUGAAGCAGGGAUGGUGCAUGUAACAUCGCAUUGUUGUUUACAUGUAACAUUAAUGAGUUGCUUAUUGACUUGUGUAGCACCAGCAAUAAACUUCUUGAUUGAACAU